GCCGCCGGAAACCCGGCGCUUGCUGCCGCUGCCGCUGCGCCCCGAGAAGUUGGUGCGGAGGCGAGAGCCGUGGGGCCCGGCCCAACACCGCCCGGCACGGCUCGGCUCGGCUUGGCAUAACCCGGCUGGGCUCGGUUCGACCCGGGCAGGCUCGGCUCGACUCGGCAUGCCCGCCCGCCUGGAGCCGAGCGGUACAGCGGGGCGGUGGCGGAGCCCCUGAGGAGACGGCGAGGAGCGAUCGGUCCCGGCCCGCCAUGGAGCAAGAUACAAAGGAGGAGGUGUCAGAGAAACCCAAGUCUGCUCCACCUGCAGAGAAAUAUGGCUGGAUUAAGAAAAGCAGUGGAGGGCUCCUGGGAUUGUGGAAGGAUCGCUACAUCCAGCUACGGAAAACACAGCUCGUGGUCUAUGAAGAUGAGGAUGAACAGAAAUGCAUAGAAACAGUGGAACUGGAGAGUUAUGACAAGUGCCAGGAGCUGCGUGCGCUACUGAGAAGGAAAAACCGUUUCAUUUUAAUCCGCUCCCCGGGUAAGAAGGUUCAUGACAUCAAAUUUCAAGCUUCAACUUUGGAAGAAAAGGAAUCAUGGAUAAAAGCUCUUAAUGAAGGGAUCAAUAGAGGCAAAAAUAAAAUAUUUGAUGAGGUGAAAGUUGAUGAGAGCCUUUCCCUGGACCAUGUAACUCGGGACAGAGUGAAAGUGGCCCACGGGCGCAGGCCGCCCACGAGAAGUCACUUAAAAGAGGCUGCCAAGUCUACAUCAGAUGGUAUCCUGAGGCUAGAUCUGGAUAUAGUAGACAAUGGACCGCCACAUUUUGAUUCCACUGUCAGCGAAAGUGACAAUAUGCUACCCCAGAAAGAAACUCCAAAGCCACCUAUGCCACCUGCAAAACCCACUGGCACAAAAGACAACCAAGAUGCAGAGAAUGCUUCUGACCAGGAACUUAAAAAACCUCUGUCUCCUCCACUGCCUCCAGAUAAGAAGCUUAAUGAAAGCGUCACAUCAAAGGACAAUGUAAGCCCAGAGGAGAACGUGGAAGAAUCCCAAGCACCAAGUGAGGACAACAGAGAGAGCCUCAUUGAGGUUAGCAACAAGGGCAUAGCUAAAGCUCCAGUUGCCCUUCCCAAGAGUGUGCCAGACAAGCUAAAAGUAGCUUGGGACCAACCAAUCUCUGAGCCUAAAAUUAUAGAAGACUUGAAAUCAUCAGGAGGGAGUAGCGAAGAGAACCUUGCUGAGACUGAUGCUGCAGAUGUUACAAAGCCUCCUGUUCCUCCUAAAGUUCUGUCAGAAAAAAUGCUAGCCACAAUGAACUCCAGCCAUGGUGACCUGGAAGCUGGGGGCUGUGAAGACCUGGAGUCUGGCAGCACCAAGCCCCCAGUGAAUGGGAUUGCAGCCAGUGAGGUAGCAGAGUUCACAUCCCCAACAGUUGAAACUGAAGAAGGAAAUGGGGAAACCACUGCUGAGGAACAGCAAACUUCAACAGAAGAGACAGAGACUUCCUUAGCUGCAGAAAGUGGCCAUGAGAGUGUAAAAGCAACUACUGAGAAGAAAGUGUCUGCAGAAAGCACUUCAGUUCUUAAACUUCGCAGUUCUUCUCUGGGAGACCUACUGUCUGAUCCCAAAAGUAGGCAGAGAGUGCUUCCAAGCCAAGGUUUCCCCGAGGAUUCCCCUCACUGCUUAUCUAAAAUGGAGGAGAAAGUGGCUAACGAAAGGGAAAAGGCAGAAAAACUGCUGCAGAAGGUUUUACGUGAGGGCUUGGAGCAGGCCCAGGAGGGGAACGGACCCCCAGUGAUGGCAGAGACAUUGCUGAACGAGGCAGUAGAACAGCUUCGGCAAGCCACACAGGUUUUGCAAGAAAUCAAAGGUCUUGGAGAACUGAAAAAAGAAGCAGCACAGAAACAGAAAGAAAAGCAAAAGGAUCUAGUGACUCUUUACAGGAGAAGUGCUCCCUGACGUUCUCCUCAAAGAUACUUCUUCCUCACAAUCAAAGCUAAACAUUUGCCAUGUACAGGUUUGUACUAUUGCUAGGCCAGUGUUUGAAAGGUGGUGUUUGGAUGGGCACACACCCUUGGGACAGAACUGAGCUUUCAGUGAUAGCAUCUUUCUCCCUUUCUUCAUGCUGUACAUACCAGGAUGGUUCUGAUUUUCUUAGCACAGCAGAAGGUUACAAGACACUGAAGGGUUUCAAAAUGUGAAUGUUCUCUGAGGACUCUGUCCAAAGUCCUUUUCAUGAUCAGGCCUUAAAGAUUACUGGUACUCAAAGCAAGCCAGCUUUUGAAAGGAGCAGAAUGGUUACUCUAGCAAAAGCCCCUGUCUAUCUGUAUUUACAACAAGCAGAGACCAGAUUCCACUGGCACCUAUCUGCUCUUCUCAGUUAAAUCACUUAGGAUAAAUGUAGUCAGCGUUUGUUCACUUGCUGGCAAGGUUUCCCAGACCACCUGGCCCAGUGACAUCUAGGAAUGUAAAGAUAAAUGGUUUAAUCUUCUCUAAAGAUACUCAGAAAACCACAAUCACAGUUAAAAAGUGACCUCACAUGGAGGCAAACAAAACUGGCCAACUCUUGACUACAAACAGUGUCCUCAGCUCUGGAACAGCUCUAUGCAGGCACUUUCUGAGUCUGACCCUGCAAAGUUUUAAGUGUGCUAAGCACUGCUUAAGCAAACACAAGUCUUGAUGCAGCAUUGCUAAUCAAGUUUUAAUUGUUCCUGUUUCAUUAAUAGGGAGACUGAGGCAAAGAGCAGGUUAUUCCUGGCCUUUGAAGGAGUGUCUUCUAGCAGCACAAUGUGUUGAUGAUUAUUGAGGACCAUACCUCUCUGCUAACUCUGAAUCCCCUUACCAUCACUGGGAACAAUUAGCCAGGUGUCUGGAGAACUUGUGUCCAGGAGGUCCCCAGGAACUUCCUAGAAGAGUUGUCAUUAAGAAGCUUUAGGGAUGUGAUUCCCUUAGCUGGAGGCUCACUCUUUGUGUUGUCUUGGGAUGCCGACUGACAAGAGCAUGCACAGCAGGCAGCAAGUGGAUGAGAUUGCUCGUCCUAUUUAACACAUCUCUACCUGCUGGGUCCUGGCUAGCCCAAGUUUGGCACAGACAUCUGUAACUGGAGUAGAAAGGAGGAAAAUGCAGGGAAAGUCAUUUUGCAUGCACAACUCUGGGGCUGGUCUCGGUGGGUUAAGUACAUUUAAAAUCAAAAUGCAUUGCUACAGAAGGGUGUCAGGGUGGCAGUGCAGAAGGCUCUAGCACAACUCCCACAGCUUCUCUGCCCACCUGCUGAAAGCAGCCACAGUUCACAUGGUCCUCAGUGAUGAUCACUGUGAUAAAAUCCUGUCUUUGUACCACUGCUGUAUGGCCCCAUAGCUGAGCUGGGUCCCCUCCCCCAUUCCCUGCAGUUGCUCUGAGAAGAAUCAUAUUAACAGUCCAAAGGACUUCUCCUUUGCUUAAGCCAGACUUUGGAAGCAUGGAAAAGGGUGAUCUUCCCAGUCUGGUUUUAAGAAGCGACACAAUACCUGAGCUUUUUUUCUCUCAUUUGUCAGCACCCCCCUCUUGGUUCACCCAUUUAUUUUUCUUCCAGUCUUUCCUUUAUCAUUUCCCAUGUUCCACAAGGCUGCAGUGGGCUGGAAACGCUCCCUGUAGCAGCAGCAGUUCAGAAAAGCUUCAUGUGAGGCUCUUCAUAGGCUAGGCAAUAGGCACUUCAGGUCUGAGCACAGAAAAGUUUGGGAUUCCAGAUACCCUCUUUUUCACCACUUAGAGCCAACAAGACAGGUAGUGGCUAAAACUGAUGCUUCUUCCUCUUUUGGUUAAAGCAGCCUUGGUUUCAGUGGUCUGUCAUGUCAAGACAGCCACAUGGGAAUUCCCUUUUUAUUCUCUCACAUGGAAGGGUCUACAACAGUCAAACACUCAGGGCUGAAGUGCCAAAAACUUUUGCUUUGAGACAAAAAAAAUCCCAAGUCCUAAGCCCACUCCCAGGCUCCACUCGCUGGAGCAAAGUCUGGGUCUGUCAUUUGCUGCUGUAAAUUCAAUGUGAUUCAAUGGGUCUUAGUCACCUUUGCAGGCAUACUUAGGACAAGAGCUAGUAACAGACAAUAUUCAGUGCCUAUCUGCUGGCUAAAUGUGUUUUCCUGCAUGUGCACUUUUGUUUACCGAACACUGUGUGGUAUGAAUGUGAGCUGUCAGAAGCUGGCAUGCACUGGAAGCUGAGGGACAUCAGCUGGGAUAGGACAGGGAGCAAUGGAUGGAAGCUGCAGCACAGGAGAUUCCACCUCAACACAGGCAGGAGCUUCUUUACUGUAGAGGUCACAGAACACUGGAACAGGCUCCCCAGAGAGGCUGUGGAGUCUCCUUCUCUGGAGGCUUUCAAGGCCUGUUUGGAUGUGUUCCUCUGUCACCUGAGCUAGAUUGUAUGGUCCUGCUCUGGCAGGGGGGUUGGAUUUGAUGUUCUCUUUGGGUCCCUUCCAAGCCCUGACAUCCUGUGUGUGAUCAGCUCCAGAGAGCAGGCAGGCUUAUGCAAGAUGCAGUUCUACAAAGAGGGAUCAAUUAGAUGGGUUAAAAGAAAAACAAAAAACCCCACCCAAACCAGUUCACACUACCAGGAAUAUACACAAACUCUGGAUAGAUGUUCAUCUUAGUGCCAUGGUCUGGUAGAUUGGAUAGGGCUGGGUGAUAGGUUGGACUGGAUGAGCUUGGAGGUCUCUUCCAACUUGUCUGGUUCUAUUUUAUUCUAUUCUAUCUCAAAGCUGAAGCCAGUCCUAAACACCAAAGUGAGCAAAUCAAAGCCCGGAACUGAAAAGGCAGAAUGUAAACAGCUUAUAUGGGAUAGCUCAGUCCUCUAGUUUAUAUACAAAUCCUUUUGCUCAUGCAGGUGUUUUCUUGUGGUGGUGUGUUCUGUGGGGACCUGUCUGGCAAAGUGCUGAUGAAAAUACAGCCAAAACCUUAUAUUUACUGUAAAUUUUUAUAUUAUACUGAAUAUUCUAAUGAAUAACUGCCUGACCUUUUACUGAAUACCCACCAGGAGGAAUCUUAACAGACAGAACCCCCUGUAUCUGUUAGGAAAUGGGCAAGUUAAAUCAUUUUAUAAGCUACAGCUAGUUGUUUUAUUUGCUGUACUAACCAAACUUACUAGAUUUGUACUAUAGCUUGUAAAUAUGUAUAACUUAAGUGGAAUCUCAGUAGCACUCAGUAACUACUGCUGCAAAUGCUAUGAUAGAGACUCUUUGAUUUCAACUAUUUUUUCUAAUAGAGUUGGCAGUUCAUCCCAAAAUAUCUCUCCUGGCCAGAAGCCUGAUUCAUCUGGACUUUGCAGGAAACAAUGCAUCAUGUUCCUUCUGCAGUUUUCCCACUUGUUCUUCUCAUUCUGGUCACGAGCCAGGUCUUGCCUAAGGCUGGAAGCUGCCUUCUGGAGUGUUUUUGCACACUCCUCUGAAAAUUCCCUGGAGAUGUUCAAGAAAAAACUGGAUGAGGCACUUAGUGCUAUGGUCUAGUUGAUUGGACAGGGCUGGGUGAUAGGUUGGGCUGGAUAAGCUUGGAGGUCUCUUCCAACCUGGUUGAUUCUAUGAAAUGGCAGUGCUAGACAGUCAGAGAUAGGAUCCUGAUCUGCUCUGACCUUGUACAGCAGCUCCCAUCUUCAGUGUACAUCUUCCCAACAAGCACCUUUUUUUUUCUUAUGUCUCAUGUCUCUCUUUAACCUUACAUUUAAAUUUACAUCUAAUUUCUGGAUGGACUAAGUCUAUUUCUCGUGCCUGAAACACUCUGCUCAUGGAGCAGUGGGGUGUGAGUCUCUGGUUUAGGCUGCGCCACCAGGUUAAUGCACCUGUGACAGGAAGGAAGUUGAGUUUGUAAGCAAGCAAAUGUGGGUGACUAUCUGUAAAGCAGCUGCUGCAGCUGCCUGUGGAAGGGCAGCACUUUGUCUCCUGCUUGUAAAGAGCUUUGAGAUUUGGCAAUAAAACCCCUCUUUUAAAUA